UAUUCCAAUAUGGAAUUACCUGCACGACCAGAGCUGUUUGAUUUCCAUGGAGUCUCAAUGACCCAUUAUUUCACUGAUAACUGGGAGAACAUUCAAAACUUUCAGGCCAGGCCAGAUGAUAUACUUCUUACAUCAUACCCUAAAGCAGGAAACACAUGGGUCUCCUACAUCCUUGACCUGCUGCACUUUGGUCAGACACUUCCAGAGCGUCAGACAUCCAUCCCUAUCUAUGCAAGAGUUCCCACAUUAGAGAUCACCUUCCCUUCUCUGCAGCCAGGAACAGAAUUAAUCGACAAGCUAACCACUUCUCCGCGACUCAUUAAAAGUCAUCUUCCUGUCCAGUUUGUGCCAAAGUCCAUUUGGGAGAAAAACUGUAAGAUAGUCUACGUGGCCCGCAAUGCAAAGGACAGCAUGGUGUCUUAUUUCCAAUUUGAACGCAUGACCAAAAUCCACCCAGAGCCUGGAGACUGGAGCAGUUACUUCCAGAGAUUUAUGGAGGGAAAGAUGGUGUUUGGAUCCUGGUAUGACCACGUUAACGGCUGGUGGAAGAAGAAACAGACUUAUCCAAACAUCCAUUACAUGUUCUAUGAAGAUCUGAUUGAGGAUACUGGACGGGAAAUAGACAAACUCUGCUGCUUUCUUGGUUUGUCUCUUUCAGCCGAAGAAAAGGAAAGAAUCAGAGGAGAAGUGCAGUUUGACAAGAUGAAAAACAAUAACAUGGUCAACCUGUCAACAUUUAGAGGGAUGGAUUUCAAAAUUUCUUCCUUCAUAAGAAAAGGAAAAGUUGGAGACUGGAAGAACCACUACACUGUGGCCCAGAGUGAAGAGUUUAAUGAAGACUACAUGAAAAAGAUGAAAGAUCCCACUCUUCAGUUCCGCACACAAAUUUGUUAA